GUCGUGUCUUUGGGUAUAGACAAGUAGAUACACACAGUCAGUAUACGUCGCCGGUGAGCUGGAGCUUCUUCUCUUCGCUUAUUCAUCGCAGCCAGUCUAGUAUGCCUCGUCGAUAGAGCUAGCCCAGACACAGCACCUGCAAGGAGAAUUUCGGAAAGAGAAGAGACACUCGGGAAGUCCGUGUGUCAGUGCAUGUCAACGUCGGGCCCAACCUGCAGUGGGCCCCCUCCGACUCUCCUGCGCCAACAUGGCAGCUGCGCUGACCCUCGAGCAGGAGCAAGCAACUAAGGAAUUUAUAGAGACAGUGAACAAAUGUCGAGCUGGUCGUCGAGCUGGACCUGUAUCCUGGAGCACGGCUGUCAAAUUUCUGUCUGCAAGAAAAUUCGAGGUCGUGCGAGCCCUGGCUCUGUACGAGCAGCAUGAAGCCACUAGAAGGAGAGAAGGAUUAGCCCUGAUGCAGCCCACCAGAGAGCCACUGCUCAGCGAGCUGCGUACAGGAAAAUUCACAGUGCUGCCUUCCAGAGAUGCAAGCGGAGCAGCCAUAGCCAUAUUCACGGCUCACCUUCACCUGCCCCAGAACACAACACAUCAGACAACACUGCAGGGGGUGGUUUACCAGCUGGACGCCGCCCUGGAGAGCAAGGAGACGCAGAAGCACGGGCUCGUCUUCAUCUACGACAUGUCCGACAGCAAGUACCAGAACUUCGACUACGAUUUGUCGCAAAAGAUCCUGACCCUGUUGAAGGGAGGCUACCCGGCGAAGCUCAAGAAGGUCCUGAUAGUGACGGCCCCGCUGUGGUUCAAGGCACCCUUCAAGAUCCUGCGGUUGUUCGUGCGUGAGAAGCUGCGCGAGCGCGUCUUCACCGUCUCCAUACCUCAGCUGAGCCAACACAUCCCGCGAGAGUCGCUGCCCAGGCGGCUGGCCGGCAGUUUGGAGGUGCACCAUGAGGCCUGGCUGCUGCACUGCCUCAAGUCCAUGACGAACCGGGCCGGGCCCGAGCUCUGCGAGGUCGGGCCCAACUCGCUGAGCGGUGCCGAGCUUACUAACGGCCUGGGCCUAGCCAAGGAGGCGUCGGAAUCGGCGGCUGGAGGAGGCGGUAGCAGCAGCGCUGGCAGCAGCAGCCCGACUAGUCCUCUGCCAGAACCGGCUAGGACGGUCGCGAAGAACGGCAGCGUCGCCGAGACGGAGCUCAGUAGCAGUAGCAACGGCCUCAGCGGCGACGAGGCGCCUUCGCCCCUACAGCCGCCGUCAUCCGCUAGUUCUGGCUUCAGCGACGAUGACAGUCUCCACGGUGACCUGGGUCUCCAGGCUGUCAGUAUGGAGCAGCUCAUCGAGACGAUACACGCCAGGGGACGAGCUGCCCUCGUCGCCGAGUACAUGGAAAUCAAGCAGCGUCCACCGGAAGGCUCUUUCAAUAACGCCAAGUUGAAAACGAAUGUGUCUAAGAAUAGGUACACCGACGUCUUGUGCUACGACCACAGUAGGGUUUGUCUCUCCCAACUGGAGAACGAUCCCAGCUCAGACUACAUCAAUGCCAACUUCGUUGAUGGUUACAAGCAGAAGAACGCCUUCAUUAGCACACAGGGUCCACUACCCAAGACUUGUCCUGACUUCUGGAGGAUGGUCUGGGAACAACAGACCCUCGUCAUAGUCAUGACUACUAGGGUGGUCGAACGCGGCCGAACUAAAUGCGCCCAGUACUGGGGACCGGAACCCGGUGACCAAGUCACAGCGGGUAACUUCACCAUCACGAGUCUCGAGGUUGACACAAAUCCCGACUACACGAUAACCAAGCUUCUUCUCACGAAUAAUAAGACUGAAGAGACUAGAGAGGUUUGCCACAUGCUCUACACAGCCUGGCCCGAUUACGGCGUGCCCCAGUCGGCCAAAGCUCUGCUCCAAUUCCUCUCCCUGGUGCGACAGCAACAGAACAAGCUGCUGGCCAGCCGAGGCGAUACGUGGGCCGGCCAUCUUAGAGGGCCGCCAAUCGUCGUUCACUGCAGUGCUGGCAUCGGUAGGACAGGAACCUUCUGCACCCUUGACAUCUGCAUUUCGCGGCUCGAGGACACAGGCACGGUGGACAUCAGAGGUACGGUCGAGCGGAUACGAGCACAGCGGGCCUUCAGCAUUCAAAUGCCGGACCAGUACGUGUUCUGUCAUCGCGCGCUUGCCGAGUACGCGCUCUCUCGGGGUAUGCUCAGUCCCCAGCAUCUUGCCAUGUUACCGCCGACCAUCGAGGAGGACUCCGACUAGAUUACCAAUUUUAUAUAUAUAUAUACUUCAAGCACGCCCAUCAUCUAAUUAACCUUAGCCCAAUACCAUUCGCACAACUCUAUUUCUCUCUAUCGUCAUUUUCUCAUCCGUUCGUUUGUUCAUUCAUUAACUCAUUUACUAUUCUAUCAUUUUAGCCGUACUCUAGAUAGCCAAUUCUUAUACAUUGUAUAACGACGAUAUGAUGACAAAUUUUUCUAGAGUCUACGACUGUGUUCAAAAGAAGAAAUUACGAGUAUUAAUUUGAAAGAAUUAAAAAAUCUUCCAAUCGUGAUAUAUCGCGGAAUUUUCAGUAUUUCAUUUACAAAAAAAGCCUUUUGCUACUAAAACAAAGAAUUGAUAUAAUGCAACAUGGAAUACAUGUGUAGCUCGAGUACCUUCUCUUAUUUCUUGCGACUGAAUGAGAAAGCAAACAAGUACACAGAAAUUUGGCUUCUGAAUAAUCCGAUUACGUGAAAUGUUAUCAAGUUGUGCGAACACCCUCUGCGGUCGGACAUGCACAUUAUUUCAGUUAUAUUGAGAACCCCGAGGAAUUUAGUUUUUUCCGCGUAACCAACUAUUGAAUAUACAAUCAAUUUUCUAUAAACCAAUUCCCGUAAAUCUCGUUAGGUGAUCGAUAUAGGCAUUUCAUAUGAAUGACCAAAGAUUAUAUUAGACAAUUUUUCAGGAUUCAAGCUUGUCUGCGUCACAAUGUUUCAAUUUUCAAUCGUGGUUCCUUGUGCAAUCUAGUAUUUUGAUAAAUGUCUUUAGACAAAUAAUUAACGAUUACCUAAGAUGUACAUGAAAGUUUGAACAAAAAACCAAAACUCGGCAUUUGUUGGAGUAACUCGGAGAAACUUGAAUGUCAUUUUGUAUAAGCAAAUUUUGCAUUGUAGACAACCUUCUCUGGAUUUGCAAGCAAAGUAUGCUGAAACGAUUGACGAAAAACAAUCUUUAUGAUAACUUUACGAUAGACUUUGUGAUAAUAUUCAACAGUCAAGUUCUUCCAAACUGAUUGAUUUUUCACUUAGUGCUUGAUGAAUAUUUCAAAUUUUCAAUUUUUCAAAGUUCUGGCGGAUUUUGUAAUAAGAGCAUUUCGACGAAAGAAAAUAAAACUAGCAUUUUCAUCGAAAGGUAACAAAUUGAUUCGUUAGUUGUUAAGCUAAAAAAAUGUAGUUAUUAAGUGUGUGCGAAUGUGAGUGUGUGCACGUGCCAAGCGCACACCCGAUUCCAUCAUUCGAAUAAUAUUCCUCUUUUAUUAUCAUUAUUUAAUAAGUCAUUUUCUCGGUAGGUCAAUUUGGUUUCGUAACGCACCGAUUAUUACUUUUCUAUUUCUGCUUGUAUUAGUGUAUAUGUGUAAGUGUGUACACCCGCGUGCUACGUAUUUGAAGAAAGUCCAAUCUAUAAGCAUCUGCUCAUAUGGGAUUUGGUAUUCUUGGCGUCUCAUUUCCGAGCGCUUGUUUCCUACCAAGCAUACUUACUUGGUAAACUGACGGUACCAUACUUUCGCAACGAUAAUAACUUGAACUAAAACUGUAAGUGCUACAGAGUCCGAUCCUCAACAUACUAAAAGAAAUAUAAAAUGAGUUAUCUUCUGCUAAAAAAAAAACACACGAUUAUACAAAAAAAAAAAAUUGAUCAAUCUCGAUCCAUUGAAUGUACAUUCGUCCUUGAUCCUGAAGUAAAAUAUGCAAUUCUGGUAUUGCUAAAAUAUAUGAUAGAUUGAAUUCAUCAAUAUGAAAACUGUACAUAAAUUUUUAAAAUCUAUUCAGACGCUCCAAGUUUCAUAUUAUAUUAAAGCUCUAUUACUUGGAUCUGUUCUAAAAAUAUUUGUGCUUUCUUUGAUUUUCGUAUAAAAUAGCCCGCUGUUUGUUGAUCAUGUAUAAAAAAAACCACGCACUGUGAGUGGGUGUAAGAGUGUAAAUUUACAGAAGAAAUAAAUAAUAUAUGUAGGUACAUAA